CCCGAAGUGGCUCCGAAGUGGUGUUGCGGCUCCUCGUCCCCGGCGGAUCCGGAGAUCGGAGCCUCUGCACCGGGCGGAGGCGGAGCCGCGGCGACCUCGGAGGCUCCAAAGGGCGGCCGCGUCAGGAGGAUGGUGCGGCUGGCCGCAGAGCUCUUGUUGCUUCUGGGACUUCUCCUCCUCACCUUGCACAUCACCGUGCUCCGGAGCAACCCGCUGCCGCCGGCCAAUGUCAGCUUGAGCCUGGAUCAGAUGACCACUAUGUACCAGAGGAACAUCAUCCACACAAAAAGCAGCUCAUUGGGCCAACUGGCUCCCGACGGAUCCUGGCGCUCUGGUGCAGAGCGUCGCUUUGCCCACCGGUCCUCAGCCUUGCCGUGGGCGCAAGGCACUGGCAGUAACAUCCACCAAGAUGGCCCUGGCGCGUUUCUUCUCGAUCUGCAGAAUUUCCCCGACCUCUCCAAAGCCGACAUCAAUGGGCAGAAUCCCAACAUACAGGUGACGAUCGAGGUUGUGGAUGGGUUGGAGGCGCAUGAGCCAGAAAAAGGCCUCCGCAAGGAGAAUAAACCCAAAUGGGCUUCUCCAAACUGGAGAACCUGGUGGCCUCACACUUCCUCCACCACUCAUCAAGGACAGGAGCAUGAUCGCUCUUUUGGAAGCAACGUUGAGGACAGCAACUUCCUAAGACCGCCAGUGGAUUGGGACCGGAGAAGAGGCACAGCAGACAGAGGCAAACCCCAAACGGAAUAUGACUACAUGGAUGGAGAAGGAGACUGGAGUAACUGGUCACUGUGCAGUGUCACCUGUGGAAAUGGCAACCAGAAGAGAACCAGGUCUUGUGGUUAUGCCUGUACUGCCACUGAAUCAAGAACCUGUGAUAUGCCAAACUGUCCAGGUAUAGAAGAUGCCUUUAAGACUGCAGCAACAGAAGUGAGCCUGCUUGCAGGAACAGAUAAUUUUAAUGCGACUGAGCUCUUUGGUGUCGACACAGACAGCUGUGAACGAUGGAUGAAUUGCAAGAGCGACUUCUUGAAGAAAUACAUGACUAAGGUGGCCAAUGACCUUCCCAGCUGCCCUUGUUCAUACCCAACUGAGGUGGCAUACAGCACUGCCAAUGUGCACGACGUUCCUUCACGCAGAAAUUUCCGCUGGAAAGAUACCAGUGGGCCAAAGGAGAAAUUGGAGAUCUACAAGCCCACAGCACGUUACUGCAUUCGCUCAAUGCUGACAUUGGAGUCCACCACACUGGCCGCACAGCACUGUUGCUACGACGACAGCAUGAAGCUUAUCACACGAGGCAAAGGGGCCGGAACACCCAAUCUCAUUAGUACAGAGUUCUCUGCUGACCUGCACUACAAAGUUGACAUCUUGCCCUGGAUCAUAUGCAAAGGAGACUGGAGUCGCUACAACCAGGCCAGGCCACCAAACAACGGACAAAAGUGUCGGGAGAACCCUCAGGAAGAGGAUUACUAUAAGCAGUUCGAAGAAGCAAGAGAGUUCUAG